AUGACGCGCGCUCAACAGACUCUCUCAGUUCUGCUGCUGGUUUCUUCGCUCUACCUCGUUCUCUACCUGGGUCUCGUCCCCCUAAAUGAGACCGUCCAGUACGAAGUAAUCCCUGUUCUCCCCUUCUACGCCCUGAUAUCCUUCGGAUGCUACCUGCUCGGCCGGCUGGGAGUGGCGAUCAUGACCUUCAACGACGUCCCUGAGGCGCACGACGAACUGCAGAAAGAGAUUGAGCUGGCCAAGGCUGAUCUGCGUCGGGGGGAUGUCGACGUGGACUAA